GCAAGGAACACACAAUGUCCUCCGCCCGCCUCGCCUCUAGCAUACACCUCCAAUCUCCUGAUUUACCAGCCACAAAGCCAGCUGAGCGCACAUACAUCAUUUACUACAUAACCGGAAACCCCGGGCUGAUCGAGUACUACUCCACCUUCUUAACCCAUCUCUACGGGCUCCUCACACGACAUACCUCAUCCAAUCCCUUUGAAACUAUCGAUUUCCAUAUCUUUGGUCGGAGUCUGUCCGGCUUCGAAGCCGACAGUCAGCAUAGGCCCAGAAAGGAGAAGCGAGACCGACCUCCGUUCGGAUUGCAAGAGCAGAUCUCACAUUCUGAGGCUGCGCUGGAAGAGCUAGUGCGCGAAGUGAGGAAUGGCGGAGCAAAGGACAUAAGAGUCAUUAUGAUGGGCCACUCAGUGGGAGCCUAUAUCAUGCUCGAGAUCACGAGGCGGCUAAGGGAGAAGGUGGAGAAAAAGGUGGAUGAUGGGAUUAGGAUUGUAGGAGGGGUGUGUUUGUUUCCGACUGUGGCGCAUAUUGCGCAUAGCCCGAGUGGGAAGAAGAGCAGUUGGCUUCUGAAGAUCCCGACUUUCGCAACCAUGGCAUCUCUCUUAGCCAAGACUCUCACUUUCCUCAUCCCCACAUCCUUUCUCUCCCUUCUGAUCCGCACAUCCAUGUCUUUCCCACCAGACGCUGCACGAGUCACUGCAGCCUUCCUUCACAGUCCCCAUGGAGUCCACCAAGCACUUCACAUGGCCCGCGAUGAAAUGCAACAAAUAACUACUGACGCUUGGGACGCCGAAAUCUGGGGCGCUGCGCAUCCCUCACCUCAUCCGCACCCACGCCCCGUUCUGCGCUUUCUGUUCGCAAAGCAGGAUCACUGGGUGGCAGAUGAGACGCGGGAUGACUUGAUCAAAGCGCGAGGUACGGUUGCAGGUGGUAGUGUUGAUGGAGAAGAGGACGAGGUAGAGGAAUGGAAACCGGUUAUGGAGAUAGACGAAGACGAGGGAUGGCCACAUGGAUUUUGUAUCAAGCAUAGUGUGCCAGUAGCUGAGAGGGUGUAUGGGUAUGUGAAGGGAAUUGUGGAGAGUGAUAUGCGGAGGAAGUAGGAAGACGACGUCGCUCCUGAGAGGCUACGUCACAAAAGCUGGCCAGGUUGCGAUGACCGGACGUAGGGGCAUACAACUGGCUGGGGAUGAAGAAUGUGAAAAGUGCUCGACUUCCGAGCUGGACCC